AUUCGAUAAUAACGGCAAGGACGCUUGUAUUUUUUCAAGGCAUAUUAAGCAAUUGGAGUAAAAUCCAAUGGGGUAUAUCCCAAAAUGCAAAUUAUGAAAUUUCAUCUGGGACGCAUAACGCGUGAAAGAAUACCAAAGAGUUCUCAGAAGAGCUCUGCGUCCGACACAUUCCCUCCUCCCACCGGUGUCCAGUCUCUCAGGCCAGUAUGUCCAGCGAUCCUCCUCCGCCAUACCCCGGAGGUCCUAGUGCUCCCCUCAUCGAGGAGAAAAAUGGACAAGCAGGUAAAAAAAAAAAAAAAAAAAGAAGUGUUCGCCCAGGGUUAACUGUGUGUCUUCAGCGCAGAAUGUUGCUUUAUUUUUCCACUGGCUUCUGUGAAACAGGCCCUGUAAGGACAGGGCCCCCGCAGGGUCAACCUCUACCUCCAGACUACGGCCCACCCCCGUAUGAAGGCCCACACCCGGGCUUCCUCCCUCCACACGUCCCCGGAGAUGGGCCCAUGCCCAUGCCAAUGCAUAUGCCCCCGCCACCCCAAGGUGGCGCUUACCCGCCACACGGCCACUUCCCGCACCCCAUGCCCGGCUACAUAGGCCCCGGCGGUCCCAGCCCCUUCGUGCACAUGGGGGGCCACACGGCGACCACCGUCAUGGCCCCGCCGGGCGCCGCCACUACAGUGACGGUGCUGCAAGGCGAGAUGUUCCAGACGUCGCCGGUGCAGACUGUUUGUCCGCACUGCCAGCAGGCAAUCGUCACGCGCAUCUCCCAUGACGUGGGCCUCAUGAACACCCUCUUCUGUCUCUUCUGCUUCUUCGUGGGGUGCGAUCUGGGCUGCUGCUUGAUUCCCUGUCUGAUCGACGACCUGAAGGAUGUGACGCACAGCUGCCCUUACUGCAAGGGCUACAUCUACACAUACAAACGUAUAUGCUAACCACCACUGACGCCCGCUCGCAGUGCCACGCUUUUUUUCUUUCUCCCCCGUCUCAGCCAUUACAUUUACAACUUUUUGACCUCUUAAUUUGUCUUUUUGAAACCAGUUAAGUAUGUCGUAGAUAUCCUUCACCGCAUAGGUUCUUGCAGAAGUUCAACGGGCAGCAUUUUUUCUCCUCUCCUAUUUUGUCGGGAAAGUGAAGGCUUGUCACGAUGUUACGUGUGUAAGUGAAGAAGUCAUUUGUAGGGUAAGGCUGUGAAACUGGUCACUUUAUUUGAACUGAUCUGUAAAUAUGGCAUGAAGCAAGCUGGCUUUAGUCUUUAUUUCCUGUCCUAUUUAUCUAGAGUAUUUUAAGGUUUGUUUUAACGUCCAUCUUGAAGACUGUGAACAUUUGUGUCUGUCACUUUGACUUCUUUUCCGAUCCCUUCUUGAAUGUGAAUAUUCCCAUCUUGAUGUGUGCAUUUGCUUUUUUUGCUUUUUAAGAGUCAUUUUCAUUUUUAAUCUGCCGGGCUUCUUGCAGUAUGCACAAUGACAGUUGAGCUGUUUUCCUGUUCAUGAUGUACUUUAAGAAAAAAGACAUUUGCACUUUAGAGAUAAAUUACCCUCCUCGCAAAAACCUAGUCAUUAAAGUUGAGGCUUCUUCCGGCUUUGAUCUCAAUGAAUCCCUCCAUAGGUGCACUUAAGUUGAAGUUAACUGUUACCGGUGUGAAAAUCUGAUCUCACCAAGAUUGUAUCGUUACCUGUACUGUCGGCCGAAUGUUUUGCCGCCUGAGCGAGCGAGUCGUUUUUGACAGACGAGAGAAUGUUGGAGAACAAGUUAUGUUACCGUCACGCUCAUUCGAAUAUGAUGCUCAAAAAGCAUGUUAAAAAUAGGAAAUAGGCUGCCAUAAUGUGAUUAUAGCCUAGCCACAGAGUUGCAUAGUAAUGAUGUAUUCAGAUUUGAAACAAUUCUUCAUCGACAGCAUGCCCCCAUGAGUAGCUCACUACUUUGCAGAUAAUGCGCAUUUAAAUAAAAAAUGUGAAAUAACGCCAUGACUAAAUGUGCAUUUGAGUUGCAUUUUUGUUCCCAGGCUUGCAAAACUGUGCAACUAAUUAAAAAAAAUAAAUAAAAAAUGUUUUAUUACAAAG